AUGUCUACCUCCAAGAAGAUCAUCCUUGUUAUCGGCGCAACCGGAGCACAAGGCAUCGCCGUCAUCGAUGGACUCUUGCAGCCGUCCGCGGACGGUUCUCCAUCUCCAUAUGCUGUCCGAGCCUUGACUCGCGAUCCCCAAAGCCAGCGUGCCAAGGAUCUGACUAGUCGGGGUGUUGAGGUCGUCAAGGGCACGACCGAUGAUCUCGACAGCGUCGCCGCGGCAUUGCACGGCGUAUAUGGCGCGUUCGUCAACACGGACAGCUUCUCCAUCGGCGAGCAGAAGGAAACCUUCUGCGGCAUUCGCAUCUUCGAAAUCGCGAAACAACUCAAAACCGUGAGGCACUACGUGUGGAGUGGUCUUGACAACAUCAACAAAAAGACCGACUACAAUCCGUUGUACGCCAGUGCGCACUACACCGGCAAGGCCCGCGUGAGCGACUGGAUGCGUGCCCAGGACUCCGUCGUCAGUGAUGACAACAUGUCAUGGAGUAUUCUCAGCACCGCUCCUUACAUGGAUAUGCUUAAGACGGGCAUGUUCGGGCCGCUGCGAGUACGCCCGGACGGUACCCACGUAUUUGCCAUUCCGCUCGGGAAAGGCCACGUCCCGCUGAUAGCGCUCUCGGACCUCGGCUUCUUUGCGCGGUACAUCUUCGACAAUCGCGGGACGACGUCCGCCCAGGAACUCGAGGUCGCCUCGGAUGUAGUGAGCUGGGACAAGCUCGUUGCGACGUUCACGGCGGUGACGGGCAAGAAGGCGGAGUACCUGGCGCUCUCGAACGAGGACUGGUUUGCGCUCUUCGACCAGGACGACAUCGCGCGGCCGGUCGCGCCGGACACCACCAUCUCGUUCAAGGAGACCUUUACGCGGUUCUGGCGGGCGUACCAUGACGACAUCGUCACGCGCGACCUCGAGUGGGUCCGGCGCGUGCACCCGGGCGCGCACACGGUCGAGAGCUGGAUGCGCGCAAACGCGUACUCGGGUGCGAUCGGGCACGACGUGCUCAAGAACGCGCAGGACGGGAAGGGCCCGCGGCCCAAUCUCGAGCGGAUCGCCCAGCUGUAA